AUGGCAUCACUGUGUCUGAUUACAGUACCCGUCCUGCUAGAUACGGAUUCCGACGGCCCUCAUCUCGUCAGCCAAUGGGCUAGGAUGUACCACUAUGGGCACUUGGUUAUGCCAAGCAUAUCGGUGGCCACCUGUGUUCUCUACGGCUUCAUCACAGCUUCAAGGCGUAGUGCCAGAAAGUCGUGGCGAGUGCCUGCACUGGCUGGGGCCAUCACGGUCGUCAUGGUGCCGUUCACAUGGGUUGUCAUGGCACCUACGAAUGAUAGACUAUUUAACCUGCAGUCUCUGAGCCAGGUGGAUCCAGUUACUGUGGAUAUAGCAGAAGUCCGGGAUCUGGUAACAUCAUGGUGGUGGUUGCAUGGGGCCAGGUGCAUUUUCCCUCUCGUUGGUGCUGUGGUUGGAGCCGUGGGUUUGUUUUGGUGA